AUGGUUCGAGAAAAAGAAAAUUUCAUUAAACAAUCAACACAUACAUCAUUUUAUACAGGUGGUCAAUUUGCUAUAUCAAAUGAUGGUCAAUAUUUAUUAUGUACUUAUAAUGCAUUAAUUCAUAUACUUGAUAUUCAAACACAACAUAUUAUUCGUUCGAUUGGUCAAGAUGAUACAUCAUCUGAAGUUGUAUCAUUUGCAUUAUUUAAUGAUUUAAUUGUUAUUGCCUAUCGUAAUCAAUUAUUACGUCAAUUUAAUUGGACAACAGGUACAUGUCUUCGAACAUGGAAAUCAGUACAUAAAAAUACAAUUAUAUGUAUGACAUUUAAUUCGAAUGGAUCAUUAUUAGCUACAGGUGGUGCAGAUUUUACAGUUAAAAUUUGGGAUGUUGAACAUCUUUAUUAUACACAUAAUUUAAAAGGAUCAACAUCAAUUAUUCGAGUUGUUUUAUUUUAUACAUCGGAAAUGAAAAAAAUUCAUGUUAUCUGUGGUUCUGAUGAUGGACGAAUCUAUUUACAUAAUUUACAUGUAUCCGGUGCUAACCCAACAAUUUUACAAGGUCAUAUGAGUACAGUCACUUCACUUGUUCUUCAUAAUGAUCAUACUUUAAUCAGUUCUGGCCGUGAUCGUGUUGUUAUUAUAUGGGAUCUUCAAACUCAAUCAUCUAUUCGUACUAUACCUGUUAUGGAGUCAAUUGAAGCGCUUAUUGCAUUAUCAUCUGUUGAUUAUCUUAAAAAAUUAAAAAUUAAACAAACAUUUGCGUCAGAUGAACUAUUAUUUUUUACAUUUGGUAAUUCAGGUUUAAUUAAAUUAUGGUCAGGAACAACGGGUCGUUGUUUAUUAAUUCAAGAAGAUAAAACAUAUGAAAAAAUUGCUGCUAAUUCUUAUGGUAAAGAUAAAGAACAUGAACAAGUUUUUCUUAAUGCUUAUUUUAAUGAAACAACACGUAUGUUUUAUACGAAUACAAUUGAUCAUAAUAUAAUUGCAUUUAAUAUUAAAAAAUUAAAAUUAGAAAAACAAUUUAUUGGUGAAUUAGGUGAUGUUCUUGAUGUUCGUUUUCUUAAUGAUAAUGAUAAUAAUCCUUUAUAUAUUAUUGUUGCUAAUAAUGAUGAAAAAGUGAAAAUAUUUCAUUUAAAUACAUGGCAUUGUCAAAUGCUUAAAGGUCAUACUGAUAUUGUUAUUGGUUUAGAUAUUAGUUAUGAUCAUAGUUUAAUUGCAACAUGUUCAAAAGAUGAUAUUAUACGAAUUUGGUCAUAUAAUGUUGAUAGAUCUUCAUUUGUUUGUGUUGCUAUUGCUGAAGGACAUACGGGUGAUGUUGCAGCAAUUGCUUUUGCUAAAACUUCAAAUGAUUUUAUUGUAUCAGGUAGUCAAGAUACAACAGCUAAAGUAUGGUCAUUAGAAAAUUUAAUAUUAGAUAGUAAUGAACCACAAAAUCUUUCAUCUGUAUUUACAUUAAAAACACAUGAUAAAGAAGUAAAUAGUAUAGCAGUUUCAUUUAAUGAUAAACAAUUUGCAACAGGAUCAGCAGAUAAAACAGCAAAAAUUUGGGAUAUAAGAAAUCAAAAAUUAUUAGCUGUUUUAUCUGGUCAUCGAAGAGGAAUUUGGUGUGUACAAUAUUCACCUGUUAAUCCAGAAUUAGCAACAGCUUCAGCUGAUGGAUUAAUUAAAAUAUGGUCAACAAAAGAUUAUAAUUGUUUACAAACAAUCGAAGGUCAUGAUGCAUCAGUUCUUCGAAUCAUUUAUUUAUCAAUGGGUACUCAAUUAAUUAGCAGUGGUUCUGAUGGUCUUUUAAAAUUAUGGGAUCUUAAAACAAGUACUUGUGUAAAAAGUAUCGAUGCACAUGAAGGCAAAAUAUGGGGAAUGUCAGCUUCAACAGAUGAAAAUCUUCUUGUUACGUGUGCUAGUGAUUCAUCUGUUGUUAUUUGGCGUGAUUCAACAGAAGAAGAUCGACAAGCAAAACGUGAAAACGUCGAAGAAGUUUUACUUAUGGAACAAGAAGUAUCUAAUUUAUUAGUAAAUAAAAAAUAUCAUGAAGCUUUAAAAAUAGCUCUUAAUCUUAAUCAACCUUAUCGAACAUUAACAAUAAUCAAAGAAAUUCUUAAUGAAAUUGAUGGAAUAGAUCGUUUAAAAAAUACUUUAUUACAAUUUUCUGAUGAUCAUUUAAAUCUAUUAUUUUCAUAUGUAAUUGAUUGGAAUACAAAUACAAGACAUUCAACUGAAGCUCAAAUAAUAAUUAAAGUUCUAUUAAGUAUAAUGACACCAGAUAAAAUUUUGAAACUUCCAAAUGGACAAAAAUGUGUUGAAAAUUUAUUACCUUAUACUGAACGACAUAUGUCACGUAUCGAACGACUUUCACAACAAGUACUUUUUCUUGAUUUUAGUUGGCAUUCAAUGAAAUAUCUUGAUCAAUCAAAUAUUUCAUCUUCCAAUGAACUUCCAACAACAACAUAG